UGGAGUCCCUUAUUAAGGACAGAUCUCACCGAUCAUCUCUGGCCAGACCCUGAUGAGGAACUGUACACAGAUGGAAGCAGCUGCCUGUCUGAAGGAGUCAGGUAUGCAGAUGUGGCUGUAACUGGGUUAUUUGGACACAAGCCUUGGGGCAUGGGACUUCAGCCCAACAGGUGGAACUCACAGCCCUAACCCAAGCCCUGCAGUGGGGAAAAAUAAGACUGUCAACAGCUACACGGAAAGUAGAUAUGCAUUUGCAACAGCACACGUAUAUAGGGCGCUCUACCAAGAGCCGGGCUUUUUAACCUCAGGGGGCAAGGAGAUAAAAAAAAUCUGAGUACUAGCCUUACUAGAAACCAUCUAUUUACCAAAAAGGUGGCCAUUAUCCACUGCAAGGGACAUUAAAGUGCUGACUCCCCGGAAGCAAGAGGCAAUGCUGUUGCUGACGCAACAGCUAAGGAAGUCGCACAAAAACCAGCCUCUCCAGAUCCUCCUUGUUCUGCCAGAACAGCUCCUGCUGAAUUCUCCGAGCUACACUGAAAAAGAAGUUACAACAGGAAAAGCCCUAAAAACUAGAACUGAUUUGGGAGGUUGGAAAAUCCUCCCGGACAAUAGGGUCUUAGUCCCUGAGCACCUGGGACAAGACCUAAUCAGGCAAAUACAUCAAAGACCCGCCUUGGUAGCACCAAGUUGACUGAACUUUUCCAGAAGGACUAUAUUCCCCGGCUCCUCCAGAUGGCCCAGCAGGUGACAACAAGAUGUCUCACCUGUGCACAAGUUAACUCAGUCACUGCAGGCCUUUCAGUCUGGUGCCCAGCAGACCCGAGACCUUAUAAAGGCUGCUCAUCAUGGACCAACUAAUCUUCCCCCAGAAAAAGCAUCCUUCCAGGUCUCCAGCCCGGGGACCUUAUCUGCAUAAAGAAACUGCAACCAGCUACCUCGGAAGGCAGGGGAAUUGGACCCCUAGAAAGUUGCUGGAGAGAGUCACUGGAUCCACCACUGGCAGAUCAAGAAAGCACCCCGGGAUCAACUUCCUGAGAAAUGGAUCACCCGGCUCACCAAGGACCCACUAAAGAUAAGGCUUUCCGAAUACUCCUGGGGGUUCUCCUAGUGGCUUGUUUGGACCUAGCUAGUAGCACCCCCCACCAGCCUAUAAAUUACACCUGGGUGCUUACUAGGACAAUUGAUGGGGCUUCUAUAGCCCAAAUCUCCACCCUAUCCCAGCCCGUCUUCCAUUUUGACCUCUGUCAACUGUUUGGGAGGAGGUGGAGAGGGGCUAACACAGGUGGACUGCUAUGUGGAGUUCAUCUGGGAGACUGCAGCUAUGGAUGUGGGACCCCAAGUCGAGAACACAGAUUACAGGAUUAUCGAUACUAUGCCUGCCCAGCCACCAGGCCCCAGCACUGUCGGGCAGAAGGACAUUAUCAUUGUGCCAAGUGGGGCUGUGAAACUAUUGCAUCCUGGGUAAAUAAAGACCCCCAUAUCUCUUCCACUCCAGGUAAGCCUGGCUGCUCUGUCCUCGGGUCAUGCAACCCUGUAACCAUUAAAACUCACCAGAGGCACACUCAAACCUGGGCUUCAGGAAAAACCUGGGGUUUUAGGCUAUAUGCCACUCUGGGAGGAUACUGUGACCCAGGAAUUCAAUGUACCAUUCAGAGGUUUACCCCAGCCCGGCAAUUAAACCCCAAAAGACCUAAUCAUGAGUUAUACCUCGGACCUAUGCUCACAACCCCAUCAAAGCCCGCUGGCACAUUAGUUACACCGUCUGCCUUGACCCUUCGGAGCCGUGAUCUUGCACCUGUUCCCUGUAGACAGCCUCUGCUUAAGUUGUUAAGUUCUGUUUAUAAUUAUAUAAAUCAGACCAGCCCCAAUAUAACCAAGGACUUUUGGCUCUGCCUAAAUCCGGAACCCCCUUAUGAUGUAGGAAUUGGGACCAACCUUUCUGUUGGCCUCAAAGAGACUGAUAUCAGAAAUUCAACCUCUGAGAAAGCCCAGAGGCAAUAUUUAUGCAAAUGUUGCCAAAAGCCCAAAUUAACCCUUGAAGAUCUGCAAGAGCAGGGGACUUGCAUUUGUUCCUUAGAUUUUGUCUUAGCCCGAUUUCCCUUUGGGGACUCCUGUAGCUCAGUCAUAAAAGUAGAUAAUUCCACAGACCUUGAGCUUAGAUCACUCCUUAUUAACCCUGAAGGCACUUGGUUUGCCUGCACAACUGGCAUUGCCCCGUGUGUGAGAACCUCUGUCAUCUUACAAGAAAAAGAUCUCUGCAUUCUUGUUGUUCCCCAGGUAUACUAUUAUUCUGGAGAAAGUGGAAGAGAGCAUUUGCAAGUUUCAGCCCCCUUCCUUGUUAAAAGAGCUAUACCUGCCUUAGUACCUCUACUCGUAGGGUUGGGAAUCGCAGGAUCAGCAGCCAUAGGAACCUCUGAACUCAUAACAAGUAAUCAAAAUUUAAAAAUUCUAAGCCAACAAAUUGAUCUUGAUCUCAGUGAUUUAGAAAAAUCUGUCAGUCGCUUAGAACACUCAGUAAAUUCCCUUGCGGAAGUAGUUCUGCAGAACAAUAGAGGCCUAGACCUCCUGUUCCUUAAACAAGGAGGCCUGUGUGUAGCUCUAGGUGAAGCAUGCUCUUUCUACCCUAAUCAUUCAGGAGUAAUCAAGAACAGCCUCUCCCAGAUAUGUAACAGGUUGAGAGAAAGAGAAGAAAGCCAAAAAGCAAACAGUAAUUGGUAUAAAAAUCCCUGUUUUUGGUCUCCUUGGCUGACUACCCUUUUGUCGGCCGUGGUGGGGCCCUUAGUUCUACUCCUGCUAGGUCAUUAAUUGGCCCAUGUAUACUAAAUUGCCUUCUGUCCUAUGUAAAGCAACGCAUCCAAAGCAUAAAACUGACAGUUCUCAGCACUCACUAUCAUCACAUCUGUGAUGUGGAAUCAAGGAUUUGAUUCCCACUAAAAACCAGUGGGGAAUGUAAAGGACCUCAAAAGUUAAAUUCAGCCUGCCCUUCAGCUAAAAUACCUGUAGCAAUGGACAAUAAUUCUUAAUUAACCUUUGAUUGUUUCAAUCAUUUCAAUCUGUGUAAUGUAUUAUGUAGUUAAAAAUUUACCAUGAUUGCUGAAUCUGUAAAAGAAUGUAUCUUGGUUUGGGCUAUGGGCUAAUGCUUUCUGCUUCUGUAAACCUGCCUGCUUAAAGAUUGUUAUGGGGGGGGGGUCCCAGACCCUACAGCCGUGGAAAACAUGAUGUAAUGCUGUUGCAACCCUUGUGACUAAAGUCACGUAGCCCCUAACUUGGGCCGGUAUAAAAUCUCCCUGCUUUUUUGGCUUGGGAUUGCUCUUUGUACCUCUUCUGUGUAGGGCAGUAGUUGUCACUAGCCAGCUAAUAAAGACUCACAAUUAGGCUCAAUUUGGUCUGAAGUGGUCAUUUCUCGCACACUAAAUCAUAACAACCUCCACCUGCCAGGACUGGGCAUCCACCUGGCAGUUCCCCUGAGCCAUCUCCCGUAGCACAAAGAA